UCCACCUCUUGAUGUUAUUUCCACCGUGAGCGAAAGCUCCAGGAUCCCCCCGCGAAAGCUCCAGGAUCCCCCCGCGAAAGCUCCAGGAUCCCCCCGCGAAAGCUCCAGGAUCCCCCCGCGGAAGCUCCAGGAUCCCCGCGCAGGCAUGGAAGCGCUCGUCCUCGUCCUCGUCGUCGCUCUCGCAGCCGCACUCCUGUGGCCGAGCGGCGGCCGCUCUUCGUCCAUUCAGCCGGUCAGCGACUGCGCUCAGAGCCGCGGGAGAGGCGCCUUGUACCGCGGCGCCAUCGACGUCACCGAGUCCGGCGCGCGGUGCAUGAAGUGGAGCGACGUCGGCGGCGUGACGGAGCGACAUCCGGGGAAAGGACUCGGGGAACACAACCAGUGCAGGAACCCGGAUGGAAGAAUCCGAGCUUGGUGCUUCUUCAGGAACCAGCGAGGCAGGCUGGACUGGGGAUAUUGUGACUGUAAACAAGGCUCCGUCCGUCUGCAAGGGGGUCGCUCCAGACUGGAGGGCAGGGUGGAGGUCUACCUGGGCGGCGUGUGGGGCUCCGUGUCCGGAGACGACUGGAGAGAUGAAGACGCCACGGUGGUGUGCAGACAGCUGGGCAGAGGCUUCUCAGGCCGUGCUGGCGCCCUCCCUCUACCUCGCCCGAGCACGGCCAAGCUCCACUGGCAAGGCGUCCGCUGCCAAGGAGACGAGCCAGACCUUCUCCAGUGCCCUAAAAGUGCGUGGAAUGGAGGGGAGUGCUCUCUGGUUGCUGCUGUUACCUGCACCAAGCAAGAAGCAUUGCCCAUUCGGCUGGUGGGCGGACGCUCGGGGUCAGAGGGCACGGUGGAGGUCUUCCACGCGGGCCAGUGGGGCUCGGUGUGUGACGACCAGUGGGACGACAGCGAUGCAGAGGUGGUGUGCAGACAGCUGGGGCUGAGCGGCGUUGCAAGGGCGUGGGGCCAGGCCCAUUUCACACAGAGUUCUGGCCGGGUGUGGCUGGACGAGGUGAGAUGCACAGGAAAUGAGCUGACGGUGGAGCAGUGUCCCAAAAGCAGCUGGGGGGAACACAACUGCCUCCACUCCGAGGAUGCUGGAGUAUCUUGCAGCCCUUUGACAGAUGGUAGCGCUCGGUUAGUGGGCGGGGCCAGGAGCCACGAAGGACGCUUAGAAGUCUUCUAUCACGGUCAGUGGGGGACAGUGUGUGAUGAUGGCUGGACGGAUGCAAACACACAAGUUGUGUGUCGCCAACUAGGCUACAGGUUAGGCCAAACUCUGGUCCCUGAAGUACUAGAUAUCACCCCUAACCCUCGCUUCGGUGUGGCGUCUGGUCCUAUUCUCCUGGACGAGGUGAGCUGCGCUGGCAAGGAACCCGGCCUCCUGCUGUGCAGAAGGAAGGAGUGGCUCCGCCACGACUGCACGCACCACCAAGAUGUCAACAUUGCAUGCAACCCCGAGCGCCUCGGAGACGGGAUUACGGCGAGUGUUCCUGUGAGGCUGGUUGGGGGAGAAAGCCCCAGAGAGGGGCGGGUGGAGCUUUACCUGUCUGGCCAGUGGGGGACGGUGUGUGACGACGGAUGGACCGAUCAGGAAGCUGAAGUUGUGUGUCGACAGAUGGGAUACAGCGGCGUGGCCAAGGCCCGUGUGAUGGCGUACUUCGGCGAAGGGACGGGCCCCAUUCACGUGGACAACGUGAAGUGCGGCGGUGACGAACGCACCAUCGCCGACUGCAUCAAACAACAGGCGCCCGCCACGCACAACUGUCGCCACAGCGAGGACGCCGGAGUCAUCUGCGACUACGGCUACAAAGAGGUCAAAGAUGCUGUCCGCCCGCUUUGUGGCGUGCGGCUCGUGCACACUCGACAGCGGAGAAUCAUAGGCGGAGAAAACUCUCUGAGGGGGGGCUGGCCCUGGCAGGCUGCCAUACGCCUGCGGGGGUCGCCAGGAGACGGGCGCCUGGUUUGUGGCGCCACCCUGAUUGACAGCUGCUGGGUCCUCACCUCUGCACACUGCUUCAAAAAGUAUGGCAACGCCAGCAAGCAGUACAAAGUGCGGGUGGGUGACUACCACUCCCUGGUCCCCGAGGAGUACGAGGAGGAGCACGCCGUCCAUCACAUUGUCCUCCACCCCAACUACCUCUCCACCAGCAGCGACUACGACCUGGCGCUGGUGCGUCUGGCGGCGGGCCGGGCGGGGGCGGCGGGGGAGUGCGUGUCAUUCAGCCCUCACGUCCUGCCAGCCUGUCUGCCACUCAGGAAGGAGAGAGCGCUCAAAGGAGGCAGCAACUGUCACAUCAGUGGCUGGGGAGACACAGGCCGUGCGUACUCCAAGACCCUCCAGCAGGCGGCGCUCUCCCUCCUGCCGCGCCGCCACUGCCAGCAGCGCUUCCACGCGGCGUUCACCAGCCGCAUGCUGUGCGCCGGCAGCGUCCAGGAGGACCGGCGCGUGGACAGUUGCCGCGGCGACAGCGGCGGGCCUCUGGUGUGCGAGCGCCCGGGUGGGGGCUGGGUGGUUUACGGGGUCACCUCCUGGGGUCACGCCUGCCGGACGCAGCAAUCGCCCGGCGUUUACACCAAAGUGUCCGCCUUCAGCUCCUGGAUACACAAAGUGAUAGGACGCCACGCUGCCAAAUAUGGACGGCCAUGACCUGAUUGGACUGCUCGCGUGUCACAGGGGGUGUCCUAACUUUUGCCAUUUGGAUAUUUUUCAUUUUCCAAAACCAAUAGAAUAUGUAUUGUAACCGUUCGGGCUCCGCUUGUAUUUGGUCAACAUUGAAGUUCCCGGGGACCCAAAAGGGCCUCAGUCUUUAAAGUGUUAAAAACAUGUCAAAUAUGUUUAUUUCUAUUUUUACUUUCAAUGCUAAAAUAUCUACAGAUACACUUUAGAUUCAUCCCUUGACAUGUUUACAUGUUUUUAUGUUUUAUGCCCUUUUUGUCAAAGAAAAGACAAAAUAUGCAAGAUGUCCCCCCAAAAGUUCCAAGUGGAAUAUUUGAUGUGAAGUAAUAACAACAUUCAAUCAAUCAAUAACAACAUUGAUGUAUCGAUCAGUAUUUUUCAACAAUGACAGUGUAGAAAAAAACACAGGAUUCAAACUCAUGGCCCAGGGGCCAAAUCUGGCCCG